AUGGUAUUAUUUAUUAGUUCUACUCGUAUGCAUCGUUAUUCCGGUGGGAAUACCCUGUUAUUUCUGGAAUGAACAAUUUAUAAAUGCCUGGUACUCGAAUUUAUCAAGAUAUGUUUGGACUUUGAACGUAACAUGGUUGGUAAAUUCUGCUGCUCAUAUAUGGGGCAUGAAACCAUAUGACGUGAAUAUUCGACCUACCGAAAAUCUAAUUGUGUCCAUCCUUGCUUGCGGUGAAGGAUGGCACAAUUAUCACCAUGUAUUCCCGUGGGACUAUAAAACCGCUGAACUUGGUGGCUAUAAAACCAACUUUACCACCGCUUUCAUCGAUUUUUGUGCUUUAUUGGGACAAGCAUAUGAUUUAAAGACCGUCCCUGAAGAAAUAAUUGCGAAACGAAUAGCAAGAACUGGAAGUGAAUCGAGCUGCAACAAAAACGAAAUCAUUCAUCAUCAUGAAGAUAUGAAGUGGGGCUGGGGCGACAAAGAUAUGAAACCUCACGAAAUUGAAGAAACAAGAAUUUUUAAUAAAAAGGAUUAAUGGAUCUCAGCAAAAAUGUAUAAGAUUAUCUGAAGGAAUAAGAUUAAAACAAUGAAUGGCCGUAAGCAAACCUGACAUAAAUUGAAUAGAAAUUUGUGAAUAUGAAAAGUUAUUUUGUUAAUUAAUAUAAAAAAACUUGAUAAAACUGAAAUCCACAAAAAAUUAAAAUAUAAUGAAAUUAUACAAACAAAAUAUAAAAAUUUGAUGGAAUCUAUAUCAAAGCGCAUAAAAAACAAUUCAAUAUGGACGUGAAAGUGUAUCUGUGUAUUGACUAUUAAUGUAAAUAUGCAAAAUAUGAAAAUUUUAUGAAUAAAUGUUAGAUAAUAAAUUUCAAAUAAA